CAUUUUUAAAUACAAAAAAAUAAGGGAUUGGAACCCAAAAUUGCGUGCCAGUUUGCGACAUAUGUAUGUAUAAUAUAUAUUAAAUGAUUUUCUAUGCACAUGCACAUCUAACAACAGAAUACUGUGAAAUUGAUUCAGCCAAUACGAAGCGAAAUGUCGGGAAACACAGUCAAGGUUUUUAUACGAUCAAUAUCAUAUCUUCUUCAAAAUAAAAAACUAUUUUAUAUACCUGUGCUCAUCGUUUCGGGAUGGAGCAUGGUUACAAUUUUCAUUCUUCUUAAGAAUAGAUAUGAAACCGAUUCCACUAGCUUAGGAGUCUCUACCUCUUAUAGUCGGUGGACAAACACCUUUCCAUCGAUUGCAAUAUGUUUGUCAAAAAGCCGGACAAAUGCAGAAUUUUCAAGUGCGGUCGAAAAACGUUUUCCUGGAGAAAAAAUAAACUUCGUCUAUUUAAGAACUUUAUACGACUACCUUUUUAUAAACCCAAACAACUUGUAUAUGAAAUCCGAUCAUUGCAAGAAUCUAAAUUCCAGUUGCGGAGUUGACAUUUUAGGAAUGAGAAAGGAGUUAUUUCCGACAAGCUGCACGAAGUUUUUUCAAGAAAUUUACUUUGCUGAAAAAUUGCUUCCGGACUGUGAACAAAUAUUCAAGUUUCAUGAACUAGAAAUGGGAUAUUGUUUUCUAGCAAAUAACCUAAUGGAUUAUGAUAGUAUUGAAAAUAUGCCCUUGCAAUAUUCUUCACUGGACGAACACCGAAAUUUACGCGUUUCCCUGCGAAGUGGAAUGGUGUUUAGCUACGAGUUGUACGUUCACAGUCCAGAGGAUCUGCCCUAUUUCAAUGCCGUGACGUAUUCGAUUUCCGCCGAUCCUGUGAUCCACAGCUUCAACGUAGAGGAGAUUCAUAAUCACGAAGACGUCAUUAAAGAGCCAGUUUCUCAACGGCUGUGUAAAUUUCCCAGUGAAAGUACUAUUAAAGGACUUCCCUAUAGUUUUUCAACAUGUAUGUCCAUUAUUCGGAGUCAAAUUGAGAAGGAACUCUGCAACUGCACUUUAUUCAGUUAUAAGGAUUCAAGUUCUGAGGACUAUUGUGGAUUCAGGGAAAUAUCCUGCCUGGACUUCAGCAAACUGGCCGAGAAGGUAAAGCACUAUGUUGGGUCUAAUAUGGCUUGCCUGCCAUCCUGCGUUGAGCAACAGAUAAGCUUUGUUGGGUCCCGAGAGGAAAAGAGUAACAGAACCAGCAGCGGCGCUCAAGUGGUGGAAAUUCAAAUAGCAUCUCCCCCGACCGCUAGAUAUUACAGGACAGUGACCCAAACCAAGCUUGAUUUGAUAGUUGGCAUUGGAAGUGUAAUUGGACUCUUCUUCGGCGCAUCCUUGUUAAACCUUUUGGAAGUGAUCUCAUUUUUUUUAAAAAAGCUUAAACAAUUGCUUGUAUGUUAGCCCCUUUAAUGUUAUAAACUCCCCAGCAGCAGCAGCAUAAGGUUUUUGAACACCACAAAGCUAUUAAAUGAAUUUUUU